CCGCCACCAACAGCAGCUUGUCCUCGUCGCCAUGGCAACUAACAAGGCUGCUACACGUCGCCUGGCCAAGGAAGUCACGAUGAUGGAGCGUGAACCUCCCGAGCUCUGCUACGCACGCCCACUCGAGACGGAUCAGUUCACAUGGUACUUCAUCCUUCGCGGACCCGCUGACACUCCCUACGCCGGUGGCGAGUACCUUGGCUCUCUAUCUUUCCCUGCUACCUACCCGUUCGCCCCGCCGACGAUCAAGGUCCAGACACCGAGUGGGAGGUUCAAGGAGAACGAGGCCAUCUGCACCAGUUUCAGCAACUUUCAUCCCGGCAGCUGGAAUCCAGCGUGGAGUAUUGCCAACGUCCUCGUGGGGCUGCUCAGUCUCAUGACCAGCGAGGAGAUGACGACGGGUGCAAUUUCGGCAACUACAGAGACGCGCAAGGCAUUCGCCGCACGCUCGCACUCUUGGAACUGCUCCAACGUCCAGUUCAAGAAGGUGUUCCCGGAAUACUGCAUCGCAGGUGACACAGCAAAGGACCUGCCCAACAUGGGAACCGGCGGAGGUGCCAACAGUACCAAGGCGGCAGGCAAGAGUGAGUGACGGGACGACGAAGACGAGACGAUACCGGUGCGUUUGAUGCGCAUCAGUCGUGGCCGCGCUGGCAAUGAGUAAAUGCGGUCGGAGAGCAAGCACACUGAUUUGCACCUUCCUCGCAUAGAGCCACAAUCACCAUCAUCACCAUCAAAUCACAACACAGCAUCUUCAGCAUCAGCAUCCUCAGCCAACGCCGACGGGCCUCAAGCACGGCUGCGAGCGGUACCACCAGGA